AUUAUCUGUUGAGCAAACUACGACUAUUACGGUGAUCGAGUGACUACUCUGACUUCGUUUCCUUUUAUUGAUUUUGAUAGACCUGAAAAUAAAACUAUUGUAUUCUUGAUUUUGUAUUUAUAAAUUAAACUCUUCCAACUACUUGUUGAAAAAAGUGUUCUCAAGAGUAGGAAGUAGAGCUCAAAUAGAGAUCGGCUUGUUACCCUGACCCUCGGUCAAGUUGAGAGAUUCGCGAAUUUCGUCGAACGCUCUUCUAUAAUACUGCGUUUGUUCUCAAUACCUAGUAUAAAUACAUUUCAGUCUACGGUUGAUUAUGACGAUCGAUUUCAGUGUUCUUCACGUGAACCUAGUUGAAGAACAUAUUAUUUAGCACCUAUCUCCGUAGGACGAUAUCAAGAAAUCGUCGGCUUUUUGUGGUUGAAUGUAGCCAUUGAAGUCGUACUCUUGAAAUAACAAAAAGUUCAGUGCAGUUUUUCGUGAAGUUAUCUAUAAUUAGCAUACAAUUAGUUAAGGAUCGUAGAACCAAUCAAUGAUACGAGAAUUUUACGACAGUUCGGAUGAAGAUGACAUGGAUAAACAGUACCAGAUAGAUCAGGAAUGCUUGGUGACUCGGCCUGACUGCGACAUGCAUAACCGGUGCUGUGGUGGUAAAGCGUGGUGCAUCAGGGACAUUUGCGGUAUAAUUUGUGCAGUGUUAACAUGGCUCCUGAUAUUAUAUGCGGAAUUCGUAGUGAUGAUGGUGAUGCUCCUGCCAGGCCUUUCCACGUACCCAGUGUAUAGUUACAUUAACAUAUUCAUAUUCCAAAGCCUGGCAUUCCUUGCGUUCGCUUCGCAUCUCAGGACCAUGUUUACCGAUCCCGGUGCCGUUCCUAAAGGCAAUGCGACGAAGGAAAUGAUAAAACAAAUGAGUUUCCGAGAGGGUCAGGUGAUAUUCAAGUGCACCAAGUGCUGCAGUAUUAAGCCAGAAAGGGCGCAUCACUGCUCAGUCUGCCAGCGCUGCAUUAGGAAGAUGGAUCACCACUGCCCCUGGGUUAACAACUGCGUCGGAGAGAAUAAUCAAAAAUAUUUCGUACUAUUCACCUUUUACAUAGCGGCGAUAUCAAUCCACGCGGUGGGUCUCGCCGUGUACCAGUUCGUGACGUGCAUCCGACACGAGUGGCGAGACUGCAGUGCCUACUCGCCGCCCGCCACCGUCGUGCUACUGCUGUUCCUGAUCGCGGAAGCAUUACUAUUCGCCAUUUUCACUGCUGUUAUGCUCGGCACUCAGUUACAUGCCAUAUGGAACGAUGAAACCGGUAUAGAGCAGUUGAAAAAGGAGCAAGCCCGGUGGGUCCGCAAGUCUCGAUGGAAGAGCAUCCAGUCGGUAUUCGGCAGGUUCUCCAUCCUUUGGUUCUCACCAUUCACUCAACCUUCGCCCAAGACGAAAUUGGAAAGCUAUCUCUAUAGUGUUUAGUGUUUGUAUUCGAUAGACACGGAUGAGGAAGAUAUCGAGGAAGCAUUAGAGAAUUCGAAACAUUUGAAAGCAUAUUGAAUUGGUCGUACGUAACAGGUAUCGUAGUUAUACUUAGUGACCUAGCAAUGCUUCAGCUACUUGCAGUCAAUUGAAACUAAUUCAGAAAAGGUCAGAUGCCAUCAGAACAUAGCAAUAUGAGAUGUUUCCAUAUUUAAUUCUCUGUAUAAAUAAUCGCCAACUAUUGCUUGUAGCAAUGUCUGAUGAUUAAUUCUUGAACUUUUUUGACCUUAGAUCAAUUGACUUAAUGUUCUUCUCGUAGUUUCCUCACCCGUGUCCUGUGUGGUAUAGUAGUAUCAUCUCAUCCACACACUCAUUACAUACAUACAUACAUACAUCGUAGUGUUACAUAUAUCCACAAUUCCAUAUAUUCACAUCUCAAUGUAUUAUUAUUUAUAAUCAUUAUAGCUACUUGUCUUUAAAAACGAUUGAAAUUGACGAAAGCCAGCGGUCAAAUGUUGGUCUUUGAAUGCACCAUGUAAUCUUGCCUUUGAGGCCAACAUCACAAUAUUCUAUUAAUAUAAUUUAGUCACUCUCGUCUCACUAUGAUUGACUAUGACUGACAACGGAAUUUGUAGAGUAUAGAUAGUUAGGAAACCAAACGUCUGCAUUUACUAAUUUAAUUGUUACAAAUAUUUAUCACAAAUGAUUAAUGAUAUAUAAAAUUAUUCUGGUAUAGGUAAGGUUAUGAAUAAAUAGUAACUGAAACAUUUACAGAUUUAUACAGUUUCGAAAUGUAAGCAAGUAGGCGUGUCAUAUGCUACGCACACAACUCUCGUGAUGGUCUCGUGUGGAGCCACAUUAUUUUAACAUUAAUCUUAGGCCUCGAUGUUGUACUAAAUUUUUUAAUAAAUAAUAUUAUUAUUUAUCAAGAUCAUCGUAGAUCUCUUUAAUAUAAUAACGGUAUUAAGUUCUUGUGCUAUGAUAAAAGUUCAAAUCACAAAUUAUAUAUUAUUAUAGAUAAGUUAGCUAAUAUCUAUCUAUGCAAUAAAAUGAAUGCUUUAUCUUUCGUAAAGUAUUGCUUUUUGAAUGUAUCUUGUAACAAAGUUACUAUACGAGUUAGGUAUAGUGUAGGACCAAUGACAUGAUAGAUCUCUCUAUGCUCAUCUAUGAUGGGUGUAUCUAUGAACUUGGUUUUACCUGAAAUCAGAUAUUUGCCUUGACUGCAGAAUAAACCGAUAUUCUGUUGCGAAGCGCGUGCAGACUGGUCAUUGUUAAUUCCAUGAAGUUUUAAAAUGAAACUUUUGUUGUUGCGUAAUCAUGAUUAUUAUUAAUUUUAAAUUGAAUUGAUUGUGAUUGUAUUUAUUUCGUUGUAAUUAUUGCUUUCUUUAUGUUGUUAUUUACAUGUGAAGUUUAUUUCUUAAGUAUAAGCCGAGUAACGGCCGCGGGAACAAACGACUCGAUAGUUAUACAUAUUUUAGUUGGUGGUUUAAUGGCGAAGUAAUGGGAACGGUAGGUUGCAACGCUGUUGUGAUAUAUUAAGUGUAAUCUAAUUAACAUCUUUAAGUGAAAAUAUAAUUUUGCUUCAGUUUAAGCAAUAGCGGAUUUGUAUUAUCACUCAAUGAUAGGCUAACUUAACUUGUUAUAACUAUUGAUAGGUCAGUUUUGGUGUAUAAAUUAUUUGAACAAACGCUUAUCCUUUUGAUGCGUUAGUUGUUUUUUUGUAUUAUUUUGAUUCGUAUGAUAGUUUAAUUAAGUUUAGCUGGAACCGGGCGUUUCAAGUGAGAUAGGAGAAGAUAUCCUGUAGCUAUAUGUAAUGCAUAUUUAUCAUCAUUCCUCAUAAAUCAUUAUAAAGUCAGUAUGAGAAUUAUUUACAAAGUAAUCAAUCUCAAGGUUUUUAGGUACCAUACUAUAACAAUAAGUGUCGCAACUUUGUUGCUCUCCUCAUAAACUUAUAUUUCCAUUCAUGUCACGUUCCGUAUUUAUUCCUUGUUAGUGACGCUAAAAAAUAGUUUUCUUUAGACUGUAUAUUCAAUAUUUCAGGUGAUAAAUAUGCAUUAUUUGUGUAGGAGAGGGAGGUAUCUAAUAGAUUGCUUGCUCGCGCGCGUGACCGCCUUACGUUGCAGUAAAGCAGAUAUUUUAGCAAUAGCAAUACAUUCAGACCAUGAGUAGUUUCUAGAUAUGCUUCUAUUGACUGCAUAAUAAUUAGAUUUAAGCGUAUAUCGGUGAUUCUAUUAAGAACCUUUGCAAUAAUUAAGUGCUGUUUACAUGUAUUAUUUGUUAUUAUGUGUUAGCUAAGAUCUUCGUUUUUGGGAAACAAAUCAUUGAUGGCUUUAAUGUUUUAAGUCUCAAGCUUAGAGCCGAGAAAAUCUGGCUAAUAUUAAAAGAAAUAUUCGUAAUUUCGCGACUAACUUUGUUUGGUGUUACUAUGGUGAUUAUGUCAUCCUUAUUAGCUGUGUCCACAUCGGUCGAGCUUGUGGGGCGACCUUGUGAGUCAACUCUAUUUAUUUAGACGUGUCACAGUUCUACUCAGGCGCAUAUUUGUGCUCUUAUGGACUUGCAUACAAGGUUGUAAUUGCUUGCAACUUUGUUUCAAGUACCAAGUACCUAAAGUAGCCACAACUUCCUCUAUCUAAAUGAGCCCGAGCGAUGUGUUCACUGUCUACCUUUAUAGCUUCGUAUCAGUUUUGGAUACUAUCAAUACUAUUAUCCUUAUUCUGCAUACUCUUCCUAGUUAACUAUCAUCUUAGGAAGUUAGGACUCCUUUCAAGUAACACCAGAUCUCUUAAAUUAAACUUCAGAAAAUUCAGAAUACGCCAACCGGAGCCGUACAAAUGCACGAUAUUACAAACAUAUCAUAUCAGAAUAUUUGUUGCAUAACGCGAAUAUUUUGGUGAUACAUUCUGUUAGAUACUUAGUCGUUUUUAAAGCAAUAUUGACCUCUAUAUGUAGUCUGCUAGUAAGUGAUAAUAUAAAGUUUAGUAACUAUGCUCACUCCGGAUGGCUUACGUGAAUUUGUAUUGUGCUUAGCUUCGUGUUUGGCUUAAACAUAUGGCGGGAUUUGUAGUAAUUCUGGACUGUUUUUUUAGAAGACAAUGAACGGAUAUAACACUAUAAUAAUUGAGCCUCAGAACGCGGAAGGAAAUGUACCUCAGUAAUAUACUAAAUAAUAUUUCCAUAUAUUGAUUGUAAGAGCAGGCUGUCGCCUUCGUUCUAUCACUGUAUAGUGGCCGUAGGAUUUAGUAAAGUAUUUUCAUGUAUACAUAUUGUGAUGAAGGUAUAAUAGUCACAUAAUCAGUCAUAUUUACAACUUUUGCGGGUUUGUUACUAUUACUUACAAUUGUACUUCUUAAUUAAGCUUUCAAUUACGUCAUCGCGUAACGUUUUAGACCUAUGUUACAUUAGCUACAUAACUAAUCAUAUUCGAUAAUAUUUUAGCUGUGUAAGUUUAAAUCUAUAUAUUUGAUGGAAGCUAAAUAAUUAAAUAUUAUAAGUGAUGCAGUUUGUAGCAAUAAUCCGAUAUAUUAACAUUAUUUUGGAUAUUCAAACACUUAAUGUUUUUGUAUUAGGUACUAUAUACACGUGUACUAUAAUCGUCAUACUUAGUUAUUAUGUGACCUGUAACAAGUGAUGCGCUGCCGAUACAAAGCGUACGCCGUGCGCUUGUAAGUGAUGAGAUAUUAGUGAUUAAAGUUAAUGAAAUGUUAAGUCUCGACUCACAUUCUCAGGAUAGAAAAUAGCCAGCACUGAAAAUUGUGUCUUAUUUCCUAAAUAAUAGAGUAACACCAAGUUGUAGCCCGUUGUAGAUUUUUUCGUUAAAAAGCUAGAAUAGCAUGUAUUUGAUGUUUAUGGGAAGUUUCAGUGGGAACCUGAUUUGCUUAGAGAACCGCAUGCCAAAGUAAGGUUGAUGAUAUAUUUAAAUUAAAACGUGGCUUCGUUAGUGGCUUUUUUAAACAUAUCUUUGUCUCCCAAUAGGGAUGGUUUAACGUUCAAACAAUAAUUUUGACUUGUAAUUAAAAUGUAGUUUCUGUGAAAUUAUUUGUCUAUAUAAAAUGUAAUCGUUAGUAGAUUUUUGUGUAAUAAUCUUGUAUAGAACGCAUAUAGACAUACAUAUUUAUCUUCUUUUUUCUUAUGAAUACGAUCAGUUAGAUAUUAAUAUAUUCAACUUUAAUGUUUGUAAGUAAAUUCUGAUUUGAAUAGAUGCCGUCUUCCCUAAUUAUAUUAGCAAUGUCUAUAUUUUCUAUGUUAAUUUUGAAAGCCACUUUCGCAGCUGUUUUCGUAUGCCUUUAGCAGUUAAACUGAAAUAUGGUUCGUAUAAGGCAUUGGUGUUAGUUUCAGUCAUAUUCUGAACGAAAGCAGUUAUAGACAGGACCAGGCAAGCCAUAAUAAAUACGUUUUGUUCAGUCACACUUUGGAAGCGAGUUGGAUUAUAGGAAAAAUAUAUGGAAUUAAUUAAUUGUGGAACACAUGACUCCUUUCAAGUGUAUAUGAGAGAGUCUUGAGUUAGGUAAAGUAACGUUUAAAAAUAUAACUAGUCGCUUCCAACUUGUGGCUGAUCUGGGAAAAUUGGUAAUUAUUCAUUAAUGAUUGAAGAUCAAAUAAAAAUAUUGCAAUAUUUUCACUAAGAAAUUACAUUUAAGUCCAUUAUACCGACAAUUAGGUGCCGAUAUUUAAUUAGCUUAGUUAUAGUAGUAACUAUUUUCAUAUUAAUAUUCACAAUUUAUUGUAUCUACAUAAUAUAUCUUACUGAACAAAUAGUUUAGCUUAUUAGAUUAUUAUAUCAGUCUUACUUAAAACGGACAUUGAUUAACUUUGAGUGGAACAUUUUAAACCCCAAUUUCAUAUAUUUUGUAAUGUUUUAAGAAAGGUUUCGUGUACUCGUAAUACUUAAUUCUUAUGUGAUGUUUUAUUAACACUAAUACUUAAAGUUCGGCUGCGAUUUCUCUAUGAUAAGUAUAAUAGAAAGUCAGAAUAACAUUCAUGAUAUUACGAUGUUCUAAGUAUAUGUUGACAUAGUCAUUUGUCGCGAAUACUGCAAUAUUGUAUCAGAAUACAAAAUCAACAUGUCCCUCUUUGAACGGCUGCCUCUGAAAACAGAUGAAAGUAGAUAUACUUUAUUUUUAUAGUAUAGUACUCUGUAGGUGACUAGUAAUCACAUUCAUUAUGAUCGCAUGUACUCACAUUUAUAGCAUUAACUUAUAAUUCAUUUUAAUCAAACAUUGUGGAGGCUCUUGCACCAUACAUACAUAUAAUAUUUAAACUAGAUGUAAGGACUUAUGUUGUAUGUUUAUUUCGUAUAACUUUGGUUAUUGUAUUUAGAACUACUCAAGCUGAGUACACACCGGUCGACCAUUUGUCCAGUAUUAUAUUGUUUAUAACUUAUAAACAUAGGCAAUAGUAAGCACGGUGCAAGGAGGCCUAAAUAUUUAUUUAUUACUUAUUGCUUUCUAUCAUUAAGCUAUUACUACACUAAGCAUAAAAUACAUGAUAUAUUUUUUCGAUCGUAUUAAUUAUAUUUACGUAGAAGUGAAUAGGAUACAUUUCUCUUUGUAUAUACCUGUGAGGUUUUAUGUUGAUCACUGCUUGAGACUGGUUGAAUGAAUUUCUACGCUAAUUACAUUCUGAUAGAAUCUAUUCUCAGCUGCCUCAACAUUACCUUCUGAUUUACGCCUAUCAAUAUUAAUAAAAUAAAACGUAGUGCGUACUCUCUACGUUGCAAGUCGACUCUACGCUACUUUUUCGAAACAAAAACCCAAGCCAUGUUCUUUUCAAAUGCCCCAAUUUCUAUUGAUUUUGCUACCAUGUUUUGUCAAUAAAUAUUUUUACUGUUAUAAUCAAUGUACUUUCGAUUGUGUACCCACAUCCAAUUAAUUAUAUUUGAAAUCGAUAUUGUUUUUAUAGAAAUUGUAAUCUUCUACAUGCAAAUAAAAUAAUGUAGGUACCUAUUUUUUAGAGCGCUUAACAUAAUUUUAAAGUACCGUAAAGUCUUAUAACAAAUGUAUAAGCAAAGCAUCUUAUUAAUUCUCCCUUUGUACUGCAGACUACACGCAUAAUAAUCUUGUCAUAACUUAUACGCUUAAAACUGUUAUUUUGUCAAGGUCUCCUUGACAUUAAAAUCAAAGUAAUGUAACAAGUUACGCAACGUGACACUACAUAACUGAAUUUGCCAAAUCUGGGAGUAACUACUGAAUCUCACUGUAGACAAAACAUCUUAGAUAUUUGAUCUUUGCAUUUGGGUCAACGUUUUAAACACGCAUAAUGAAAUAUGUAGAGUAGAAUCGACUAUGUAUUAUCUAUAGUAGUAAUUGCCACUGCCCUUAGUAAACGAAAUUGUAUUGUAUAGUACAACUACCUGAUUAAACUAAACAACUAAAUUAAACAACCGAAAUGAAUCAUAUUUUGCUAAAAGACAAUGCAUCGUAUAAAUAAAUUAAUUAGUAAUAUAAUUGCUAAUCACAGACAUUCUAAAUUAUAUAGAACUACACAUUAAAGCAUUUUGAAAUAUCCUAGAUCCUAUAUGUCAUUUUUGUCUAUAAUUAUAAUAAGUUUUUGACGGAAUUUAUUUUCAUUAAAGAUAACAUGUGGGA